GAGAAAGAUAAAAAACGCUUUGUCAUCACAAUGGACGCUGAGAAAUCCAGCAAUAGCUCUUUUGAAGAUCUUUCGAAUUUAAAUGAAGCCGACAAGGCCGAUAUGAAAGCCGCCUCCGAAGCAUUGUUAGACAAAGAACGGCAAGCAGCAAAAGCUGCCGCUGGUGGUAGUGACGACAACAAUGGAGCAGGUGAAGAAACAAAGACCGCGAACGCCGAGGAGGAGGAGGAAGAUGUUUGCGAUGUUUUGGGCAAUGGUCAGCUAGUAAAACGUGUUUUGAAAAAGUCCAAAGUUAACAAACGUCCACAGCGAGGCGAUAAAGUUACUUUGAACUUUACGGGCAAAUUGGACGAUGGCAAGGUGGUGGAAAAGCAAGAAAACUUUCAAGUGCAUGUGGGCGAUUUUGAGGUAAUCCAAGGUUUGGAUAUGGUCAUACCCUUGAUGAAUGUGGACGAAGUAGCUGAAGUAAAAGUUGAUCCCCGCUUUGCUUAUGGUUCAUUGGGCUUGAAAAAUGACUCCGAUCCUGAACUGAGCAUUCCCCCAGAUUCUAAGCUUACCUAUGAAGUGCAUUUAUUAGAUACCAAAUAUGAAGACUACUCGGAUUUGAAAUCAUAUGACAUUCGCAAGAAAUAUGGAACCCGCAAAAAGGAACGUGCCAAUUUCUGGUAUAAUCGCAGUGAAUACAAUACCGCCAUACAAUUAUAUAGACGUGCCCUAGAAUAUUUGGAUAAUCGUGAUGGUGAUCCUGAAAAUGAAUUCGACAAAGAAGAUAUUGAUCUGAGUAACAAUGAAUUGCAAUCUCUAUUAGAUGAUCGUUUAAUUGUCUAUAAUAAUUUGGCAAUGGCCCAAAUUAAAAUAUCUGCAUUUGAUGCUGCAUUACAGUCGGUGGAGCAUGUUUUACGGUGUCAGCCAAAUAACUCAAAGGCUUUGUACAGAAAAGGACGGAUUCUUGAGGGUAAGGGUGAUACAAAAGGAGCCAUAUCAUUGCUACAGAAAGCAGCAACAUUGGAACCCGAAAAUCGAACUAUUCAACAGGAUUUGGCCAAAUUAAUCAUUAAGGCCAGACGUGAAGAACACAACGAAAAGAAAAUGUAUCAGAAAAUGUUGGGACAAGCCAAUAAAUUGGAACAGAAAAACAAACAACCACAAAAACAACAAACUGUUGAAAGUUCUAAGCUGAAAUUACUGGGCUAUCUAAUGGGUUCCAUAUUGAUUGGUGUUGCUGGUGUGGCUAUGUAUCGUUAUAAAUAUUAAAACAA